ACAGACGGCAGGGAUCAGAAGGGAAUUCCCCCACAGCAGAAAAUGGAACACACAGAUCAGUUGAAAAUAUUUCCCACCGGAGCGAGAUGGCGUCCUAUCCUAGACCAAAUCCUAUGGGGGCGUCCAAACCUCCUUGUAAUGGGCUUGAUGGGUAUUCACAAAGGUUGCCAAGCCAACCGCGACCGCAAGACCUUAGUCGGGAGGAUAUGACACGUGCCGAUGUCAAGAACAUUCAGAAGGAAGCAGUGUUGUCUUAUGUUAAGUCUCGUGUUAGCCCUAGCAAGGGUUCAGCCUCCAACUCCCCUGACGUAAGCUUUGACUCUGGGGAUGGGCCUUCGUAUCCCCAAGUCUCCUCCAACUCCUCACACCUACAACACAAUGUGCCACAUGCCACCAGCUUCUCAUCUAGUCCAUACACCAGCCAAAAUGUUAGUUACCCCAUAAGUGCUCCUCAAGCCUCUAGUACACCAUUCACAAGCAGUAAUAAUAUGGCCAACCCAUAUCCCAGUGCAACCCACCAGAGUACUUCCCAGCCCAGCACCCCACAUGCGAGUACGUAUGCAAGCAGGGGCAGUAAUGGCUCGUUGCCCAAGACACCAAGCACAGUCAAGGCUCGAAAGAGGAGUGGAGGCGGCAGGCCCUUUGAUCCUGAUGCGUCUCCUGCUCAUCUGAACUUCACCUACAGACGGGAGAUGGAGAAACAGCAGCAUGAGAAGCAGUUGAUAGAAAAUUUAAGAAAUAUAAUUGAAAGCAGAUUAAAGGUGUCUUUGCCAGCUGACCUCUCUGCUGCCUUGAUGGAUGGUGUUGUGCUCUGCCACCUAGCAAACCAUGUCCGCCCGAGAUCUGUUUCUUCUAUCCAUGUUCCGUCUCCGGCGGUGCCAAAAUUGACAAUAGCUAAAUGUAGGUUGAAUGUUGAAAACUUCCUUGAAGCUUGCCGGAAAAUCGGAGUAGAAGAUGACUACACUUGCAGUGCACAUGACAUUUUGGAAGAGAGAGGGACAGUGCGUGUGGCCAUAACUGUCGAGAGAUUGCUUCAAUUCUACCAGGGACGCCAUGCACCCAUGUCGCCAAGAAACCAGACCCCAGUAUGACAGCCCCUCUCCUGAGCUCCUCUGCAACCCCAGUAUUAUCAUGUCCUGUCAGACUUGCAGAUUGCAGUUUUUUCUGUGUAUAAAGUGAAAAGGACAGGAUGUAGAUAGAUUCUUCUUUCUCAUUUCCCCUCCAUUAUGGGGCCAACUCUUUUUCAGAGGAUAAUAUUCCUGCCACAUAAAGCAUUCUUUUGUUCUUCUGCAUAUGUCUGUUAUAUAAGAGACUUGAACAGUUGGCUGCAUUCAAGGCUUGUGCAGUUUGCUGUUUUGACAAGAAGGAAAAAAUGUGCUUCCCU